UUUCCAACAGGUUUAGAGACGUUGUUGCUGCUGGUGUUUUAUCCGUUUCCAUAAUAUAUCAUAUCUACCUAUAUAGCGCAAUGAAUCGUAGUGUACUUGUCGUGGACAUACAUUCCUGGAAAGUGUCCGAGGACAAACCCGGUCUGUGUGAAGACGCGUAAUAUUAGACGUGGAGACCGAACAGUAAGUCAUGGAUUUCCCAGGGCACUUUGAGCAGAUCUUUCAACAGCUGAACUUCCAGAGGCUGCAUGGACAGCUGUGUGACUGCGUCAUCAUGGUGGGCAGUCGUCAUUUUAAAGCCCACCGGGCCGUGCUCUCCGCCUGCAGCACACAUUUCCGAGCGUUGUUCACCGCUGCUGAGGGAGAUGCCAGCACGAGGAUGAUCCACCUGGACUCUGAGGUGGUGACCGCCGAAGCGUUUGCUGCACUCAUGGACAUGAUGUACACCUCCACGCUUAUGCUAGGGGAGAGUAACGUGAUGGAUGUCUUGCUUGCUGCUUCUCAUCUCCAUCUCAACGCUGUGGUGAAAGCUUGUAAGCACUACCUUACGACCCGCACUCUUCCCAUGUCUUCGCCGGCGGAUCGCAGUGGCCAGCAUCACUCCGAGCAGCAACAAGUAGCAGCUUCUGCUAACUCUCACCUCCAGCGUUCGUUUCUGCUGCAACAGCUUGGUCUUAACCUUGUCAGCUCUGCCCUGAGUGGAACUGAAGAUGGGGGAACAGGGGCCGGGAGGAGAACUGGUUUGGUGUGCGGGUCUGUGGAUCAGCGUGGUGCUCACCCAUCGCGUCGUUUCAUGAAGCGUAAGCAGCCCUUGGGUCUGAUCCCUAUUGACCGGACGAAUGCGCGUCUGACCUCACAGGCCCAGGGAAUUGUGGGGAACGGAGAGGUCAGAGAGGGUGGAGAGGAGUUUCUUUCACCAGACUCCCACAGUAAAAUGAUGGAUGAGGUUGACGCUGGGGUCAUUCCAGGGGAUGGUUUACUAGAGCACGGUGACUACCGAAGAGGACUGACCCACGAAGACAUGCAGCUUCCAAGCCAGUCGGAUGGGGGCAGGGGAACCGGAGUAGAAAAAACUUUGAUGUUGCCGCGUAAAGAGGAGUAUCCGGAUGCAGGGAUUAAGAUAAAGAAUGGAGAGGAGGAGGAGCAACAGCAGCACAUGCAAGUCGUGGUGAAGAGUGAACCACUGAGUUCACCCGAGGCUGUGGAUGAGACCAGCUAUGUGACUUCUCAAGCAGAAGGAAGUGACCAGGUGGAGGCAGUUGGAGAAAAGCUGGAGCUGAGUCCCGAGGGCAGCGAACGGAGCUUUUCCGACCCCCAGCCCAGCUCUGAGCUGCUGAUCAAAGCAAACAAGGGAUUAGGAGCAGAGAGAGACGGAAGAGUAGAAGAACUCUCCUGCAGCGACGCUCUGGAUUCCUCUGGAUUACACAUCUCCAGUUUUUGGGGCUCGAAGAGCUUCACUGGCAGAGCGGUAUCAUCUAACCUCACCAGUAGUGUGGACCAUGUUCCAAAUACUACAACCGGAGAGUUUCAACCGGACCACGAUUCUGCUCGCUUUUUCCUUGCACCCGAUUCUGCCAAUGCUGCAUCUUCCUCACUGCACCUCCUGCCUGGGGAGACACAGGUCUACUCCGACCUGCAACCGGAAUCUCUCCUUCUACGGCCUGCGCAUGAUGGAAUAGCCUCGUCCUCGACGUUAGCAUCAUCUCGGGUUGGAACAGUGGACCAACUUGCGCUAGAAUUCCAACGCAACAUUUUGGGUUUGCAGACCAUCCCUCGUUCAACCAGGGGCGGAGGGUGCAACACAUUCAGACUUAUUGCUCCCAAGGUUCCGGCGAGAGACAUUGCAACAAUGCAGCAACAAGAUGCUGCCUCCUCUUCCUCCUCAAUGCUUCUGAAUGGAGUAAACUUUGAUUCUUCUCCGUCGGUAGGUCAAAACAGUGGCAUCUCCAAUGUGAACCCACUACCCCAGUUGACCAGGGCUUCUGCUGAUGUUUUGUCAAAGUGCAAGAAGGCACUUUCAGAGCACAACGUACUGGUGGUGGAAGGAGCCAGAAAGUACGCGUGCAAGAUCUGCUGCAAGACUUUCCUCACUCUGACAGACUGUAAGAAACACAUCAGAGUUCAUACAGGUGAGCGACCGUACGCCUGUCUGAAAUGCGGCAAGCGCUUUAGUCAGUCCAGUCACUUGUACAAGCACUCCAAAACAACCUGCUUACGAUGGCAGAACACUGACAUGUCUAAUGCCCUGCUGUAAGUAAACAGGCACUCCGAAGGCAUCAUCCAAGGAUGCCCAACCAACCAUUGAGUUUAAUGUGUGCUUGCUUGCUUAUAUAAGCACACAGUCGCACAUCUUCCCACCUGUUUGGCUGUACAGGGUGUACCAGAUCAGAACAUCUACUGUCGUGGUGGGUCUGUAGAGCUUUUGUUAACAUGCUUAAGAGCUUUCAAGAAAUAUUGUGCUGUUGAUGGUGAGCUCUGUAAGGGACCAGUUGUGUUCUGCAGUUUUUAAGUAUCUUUAAAAGAAUAAUGAUGGCAGCUUCAAGUGUUUCAAGCUGAUGCUGGAGCUGCUGCAUUAUGUGUAGUUUGUUGUAUACUAUUGAAGUAUUUGAGCCUCUGUAAAUGCUGUCUAUAGACGGUUUCAGCAACAGCAACAUAAACAAAUGUUAUGUGGCCCAAACUUAAGUUCCAGUAGACCUCCGCAAAGAAACAAUAACUGUUGAGUAGUUUAAAUUUAAUACAAUUAAUAUACAAAUAAAAUAUGAAUAUAAAUGAAUAUUAAUAUAAAUAUAAAUAGAUAUAAAAUAAAUUGUUAUUAUAAUCAAACACAGACCGGAAGUUAACUUUGGGCCAGGCUCGUGCGUCCGAUGAAACCGUCUAUAGUUUUUACUCAGUUCCUUUAGGUGCAUCUUUUCAUUUCUGUUCCAAAACCAACAGGCUUGCCAUGCCAUAGUAUUUGACCAAAACAAAAAUUUUGCUUUCCACUUUUCCUGUAUUGUGAGGCAUCGUAGGCACAUUUCUGGGUGGACAGCUUGCUGGGUUUUGGAACAAGGCUAAUAUGUAGCAAAUGGUUUGGUAUGUAAUUAGUAGUUUACCAAAAUCUAAAUUUUACCAAAAUGCUGUUACACUUUUUAAGGUAAAAACUUGCUCUGUAAUAGCAGGACAAACUAAAAAUUUACUAUUAAAUAGGUACACCUGUUAGCUUGGAUACACAUUUUCCAUAUGAACUAACACAUGCUUAUUAUUACAUUCAUAUUGAAGACAUUACAUUACAAAUGUCCUUUGGUGAGGUUAUCAUUUUAGUAAAGGCUGACAACAUGUUAAUGUGCCUUCUGAUGGAGAAAAAGAAUGAUUGAUGUAAAAAUUUAUGAGCGGUAAUGUAAAAAUUGUUCCUUUAAACUUUAAGACUGUAAUGUUUUGUGGAUUCAUAGAACUUAAACAAGGUUUAAAAAAAGAAACGGUACCAUACUGUAAAUGCACAAAUGGAUGAUGUUUGUUAUUGUAUACGUAAUUGUUUAUGAAAUCUGUUGAAGUUGUUGUAAUAUAAUGGUCAUGUUUCAGUGUUUUUUUAAGAAUUGUUGUCUUGUAUGAUGUGUUUGAUGCUGUAUUGAUGUUGAGUUCAUAAAUACUAAAUAUGUACAACCGCAGAAAAUAUCAAGAGACCACUAAGUUUUUCUGAAAUUAUUGUUUCUAAGUACGUGUUUAAGUAAAUAUCAUUUUGAAUUCCAAAAAUUCCAAGUGAAAAUAAAAAAUUGUAUUUGCAUUUAUCUGCAGAUAAUUGAAAUGGGCAAACUGGUCAAAUUAACAAAAAUAUGCAAUGUUUGCAGAUUUUGAAUACUGCAAAAAACAAGUUCUUAUUCUUGUUUAAAAAACACAGUACGUACAUGUAUUUUAGGAUCAGUUUAAAAAGGAUUAUAUGAUGGUAUAAGCCUGUUUUUUUUCACAUGUUUCAUGUGUCUUUUUGCAUUCUCUCAUACUUUCAUAUACUGUAGCUGUUGUGAGUUUCUGUUAAAAUUCAUCAGACACUGGCUUGGAAAUGCCACAAAACAUACAGAAAUGCUAAACAAAGGCAAACUGAAGUGGUGUCUUAAAUUUUCCAUGGCUGUAUUUGUUCACUAGAUUUAGCUGCUUUCCAACCUGUAAAUAAGAUACCUUACUUUUUGCAUCUGAUUUAUGUAAUCUUUUUUUUGGCGGUUAUAAUGUAAAUACCCUGUUAUAGCUUUGACAUUGUGGUAAAUAUGGCACUGAUUGAAAUCUUGUUACAUUGAAUGAACUCAAAGUUUCUGAUUAUGGUAAAUCAUACCCCCUUAAAACUUAACCAAAUACCUGUGGCUGUGGAUUAUACACUGCAACUGUGCCAUAACAUGAAUAUUUAUAUUAUCUAAACAUGUGAAUUUCAAAAAUUCAACAUGUACUUAAACAGUUUACACAACGAUUGUCACAUUAAAUUACCUUAAAGGUAUGUACUAGGGCGGUCAACGUUAACUCGUUAACGCAUGCGAUUAAUUUUUUCAAAUUAACGCGUGAAAAAUAUUUAACGCAAUUAACGCAGCAUCUGUUUGUUUUGACAUCCUUUGUCUAGCCUUACAUUAUGUAAUCACGCUCUUAUUCGUGUACAGGCUUUUAAACCACUUAUGCGCGAUUUUAAACAGUUGCUUUGACGCGUUCAAUGAAGAUAGACAGCUUCUAAACUGUGGGACGCGGCAAAACGCAACGCGAGGUCCAGUCUGGUGUAAACAGUCACGGGCUGAAGGCUGCGUCGGUGAAUCUCUGUCAGACAGCGCAUCCGUGUUAAAUUCUCUUUCGUGCUUGAAUGGAUAAAACCAUACAUUAUGUCAGAAAGCCCGUUUUGUCUAGCAUUUUCUUAAGCAAGACUUCAAAGUGUAAAAUAAAAUCUUAAAUGAAUGCAGAGUUGUGAAAAAGGGAGUGCGGUGACGGUCAGAUCUGCGUACUGAGACAGCUCUUAAAGGGGCCACGUUCUUAAACGUGCUGCUGUGACUCCUGUCACUGAUGUUAAUCAAAGAACAAAGUAAACGAAGAAAUCAAUGUGAUUUUGUAUCUUUAAUGAGAAUUCUUCUGCAUUUAAUUUAUAAUUUAGGAUUAAAGACUGUAAAGUGUUUGAGAACUUCCUUCAAUUUCUGUAUAUUUCAUGAUAGCUCUCAAUUAUAUUGUUGAAUGGCUAUAAUUAAUGUUAAAAUAAUCAAUUUAAUAGAGACAUCAGUUACAGUACUAAUAUCAAAAUGUUUUCUUUCAUUCAUAAAAUGACGCUGUUAAAGAAAUAUGUUGUUUCUAUAUCAAUUUGAAGAUUAAAUGUGAAAUUAUUAAAAUGUACAAGUAUAUUUUAAAAUAUUAUUGUUAUGUGUGAUUAAUCGUGAUUAAUCACAGAAAAUGUGUGAUUAAUCCGAUUAAAUUUUUUAAUCGAUUGACAGCACUAGUAUGUACAUACGUGUUAACUGCACAAACAGUUUUAUGUAACGUGAGAUGAAAACAUCUUAUAUCACUAUAGAAAUAAAACGACUCCCUUGUGUAUUUUUUUUACCGUGAGUCAUAUUGUUAGUGUGGUAAUUU